CGAACGCCUCUGAAGGGUGCACUGGUGCAUGUUCAUUUACACAACCAUUUUCUUGCUCUUCAGGAAAUGGUGGACUGGUUCAACGCCAUCCGUGCCGCGCGAUUCCAUUACUUGCAAGUGGCAUUCCCCGGAGCCAGCAAUACUGAUCUGGUGCCAAAACUUUCAAGGAAUUACCUGAAGGAAGGCUACAUGGAGAAAACUGGGCCAAAACAAACAGAAGGCUUCAAAAAACGCUGGUUUACCAUGGAUGAUAGAAGAUUAAUGUACUUUAAGGAUCCUUUGGUAAGUUGUCCUCCUCCUCCUCCUCCUCCUCUUUUACAUCUUUUCAAAUACACCAGCAGUCUUCAAAUAGUAAACAUUCCAGCUCCUUGGAGUCUUUGGACAGGGCUUGGUUUCCAUUUGCCUCACCAUCUUGGUAGCCUUCUCUAGUACCUCAACUCCUUGCUGGAUAUCACAUUCCAAGUGGCAUCUGACCAAGGCUGGGAAGAAAGGGACGAUUUGUUCUCUAAUUCCUUCCACGAUAGCAUUUGCCUUUUUUUUAAACAGCUGCCUCGCACUCUUGGCUCCCCUUCAAGGUCCGACGUACCAGAACACGCAGAUCCUUUUCACGGGCCCUCUUGCCAAAACAGACGUACCCCAUCUUGCAACUGGGUCUUUUUUCUUCUUCUCUGUCUAGAUGCAGGACUCUCUCUUUGUGGUCCGUUUCACCCUGUUGGCUUUAAGCCUCUCUAGAUUUGUUUCAGUUCCCCCACCCCUCUUGUUUUCUUCUAAAAUAAUUCUUUAGCUUUCUCCUUCUGGUUUGAAGAGAGA